AAUUUUCUUUAAAAAAAAAAAUAUAACAAGUAAAUGUUCAUGCCGUCAAACUUAAGGCCAGGCGUCAUGGAUUGGAGGUUAAAUUCUUGGGCUCCAAUCUAUCCAAUACUAAUUGUCACCGGAAAGUCAAAAUACUAUUUGGACCUGGGCUUCAACAACAUGUCAGCAUUUUUAUGCCCGCAAACUACCCACUUAAUCUUAAUCUGAUUACUGGGCUGGGCUUACUUUCUGGGCUAGGAUUCACUGGUCCAAGUCGACGAAUUAUCUAACUCCGGCCCAGUCAAGGCAGAACUAGGAAGACAGUAUCAAACUAGAUUUUGACAUAGGUUCAUGUUCUUUAGCGAUUGAAGAUUGUAUCAAACUAGAUUUUUGAUUACUCAACAUCCUUGGUGUAUGAUUUUCUUUAAUGGCUUGACUAGGGCAUGCAUUGGCCGGCUUUCCAAAAAUCGAACCGAAUCGACAUACAACGAGAUAAAUGACAAAAGGAGAAAUACGGAGUAUAGUUGAAUUACAAAAAGUACUCAUUCAUAAAAAAAUGUCAUAAACUAUUUGGUACCAAUAACUAGAAUAGUCAUCUAAAGAAGGUUAAUUAUGAAUGUUAUAUCACUUUCUUAUAAAUAUCUUAAAUGAAAAUGGUUUCACGAGUUUGAAGUGUGUACAUGCCCACUAUAUUUUGUGUUUUAAUCAAGUGUUAAUGUCAGGACCACUCAAUCAAGCAUGCUAUAAUAUCAGUUUUUUUUUUUCAAAAAUCAGUUGCUCCCAAUAACACGAGUUGUAGUGAGAGGUUCAAUAAUUGAUAUUAUACCAAGUACUAAUACGCCCUCUCAAACAAAAGCCGUCCAUAUGGGCUUGAAAUUUGUACAGACAUCAGAUCUCAUGUGCUUACCAAUGGGGGCUCCAUUAAAUUUGAACAUAGAUCUUUCUGAUUUAAAAAAACUCUAAUAUCAUGUCAAAAAUCAAUUAGUCUUAUGCCACUCAGUUCAGUUUAGGAGUAGGGCUUGCUGCAUCCUGCAAAAACAUUCAGAGGAGAGGCUGCCCCUGCCCCUUUCCACAGUCCAACAAGCUUCGUGUUGUGUGUUCCCUCGGCCAAACUUUGGCUUUGCGUGGGGGAUUCAACAAUGUUUUGUUGCUUUCCCAAAUUCAAUGAACAUGUAUUCAUUCAGUUCAGUUCAGUUCAGUUCAGUUCAGUCCAUUAUUAAUGGCUGGCUGGCUGGCUGGUUGGCUGCUGCCUCUUUUUGGUCCUUGUAUUUUAUCAGUCACUUAGAUAUUCUCCACAUGGGGCAAUGGUGGUUCCUGGAAACGUCCGAAAACCCGACAAAGACAAGACCUUUCUUAACGCUAACAGAGAGAGAGAGCUCCUUCCUUUCCACCAAAUGGCCUUCAGGCUUCAUCUAUCUAUCUAACAUUUUCCAUAUUCCACCAGAGUUGCUUUUGUCUUGAGAACGACUGAUGUUGAAGGCUGCACUAUUGUUUGUAUUGGUCCUGUUUUGGCUUGGACGAUCUUUCCUUCUCUUUUCCUCGUCAUAUUUGUUGGGGGAAAGGAUUCACUUUUUUUAAAGUGGUAGCCCCACCAUUGAUGAGUUCUGUUUUCUAUUUUUUCAUUUGAGAGGAGGGUGAGGGAAAUAAGGUGUUUGUUGUGAAUUCGUUAGAACUCGAAUAUUAAAUUAUUAGGUCAUUUAAUGUCGAGAUAUUGUUGGGUUAUAGGUUAUUUAUGAGUUCCUCCUUCGGAUUAUAACCAUAAUGAUGUUAUGUUGGAUCGUUUGACAUGCAUAUGUGAGAUAGAAUACAAGUGUUUCGGGUUAUUGAAGGGUGAGACCGUCUGAAUUCAUCACUUGGCAAUCAAAAGAAUCUAUCCAUUGUUUUUUUUGGAAUACAUGUUCUCUCACUUCGAUUUAUGUGGGUCACACCAUGAAUUCAUCAUGCAUGCCAAAUUAUGUAUUCCGAUGUUACAUGAAUUCUCACAAUUUCACCUACAAAAUACACGGUCUAUGUUAGGUACCUGCAAAACCACCCAUAUAAUUAGAUAAAUACCCAAAACGUUACAAGAUUAAAUUUGACAUAUACUUUGCAAUUACAUGAGAUACCAAAAACCAUAGAUUUUAUAUCAAAAUGAAACAAGAAGAAAAAUGUAAUAUUUAGAAACCAUGUAUUUUUGCAAUUACAUGCAUCAUACUUAACAUAGACCUACAAACAUAAACACAUGUAGUGUUGGUAUGAAGACAAUUUGACAAACAAGAGCUCAGAGCAAAGCAAUAAUCUUUUGUUUUCCUCUCCCUGAUUUUCGCUUUUGCUGGAUUUUCCCUUUUGAUUGUGUGUUUUUGGCACUUGACAGAAUCUUGUCUGAAACCCAAGAUCUCACGUUUCCUUCUGAUUUCUGAAUCUUAAUCCCACCAAAAGGAAAACAAAAUCAAAACAGAAAGAGAAGACGAUCGAAGUAUCGAACUUUCCCCCUCCCAUUCACAAUACUUGCUGCUCUGCUCUGCUGAUUGUGUUCCCUCCAUUUCUCUUUUCCUCUUUUCACUUUCUUUUGCCCCUGUUUGGUUUCUGGGAAAAUGGGUCGUUUCCCUGUGUACAAACGAAAGCCGCCCAUGCGCGCAUCGAAUAUUAAUCUCCUUCUCUUCCCCCAUUGCCGUCUCUUCUUCUUCUCCUCCUUCUUGUAAAAGCUGCUACUUCUCCAGCUGCUCCCUUCUCACUCUCCCCUUCUCCGCCGUUCAUAACAGCAAUUAUCCGUUCCAAAUUUCGCCUCUAUCGAAAUCUCUCCUCCCUUUAAUCCCCCACCAUUUGCGUCAUCAUCAUCAUAUCCCUUUUCUGGCAUUUUCCCUGUUGUUUUUUCCUUUCUUUAUGCGAUUCUUCAAUUGCUAUUUGUUCUCGAGCGCCCCCAAAAUAGCAACAUUGGUAAUCAAUCAUCUUGUUUCGCGAUUCUUCUCCCCCUCGUGAUCAGAAGCCUGCAGAAAGUUCUCAUCUUUUCUCCCUUCCUCUCUCUUAGGGUUUCUUUCCCCUCUCCUCCCCUGCUUUCCAAACCUCAAUCCCCAAAAUGCCGAUUCCGGGCAAACCCAAUUUGUGAAAUCUCAAAUCUUUUCAUCUCCCCUUUUUCCUUCCGGUCAUUCUGCUUCUAGGGUUUGCUUUACAUUUUAGUUCUGAUCUCACCUUGGUUUCCAAUCCGAGAACUAAAAUCUGCAAUCUUUCGUAGAUGGGUUUUUCCGGCAGCGGCGGUUGCUUCUAAAUUGGAAUCUAAAAUGGGUUGUGUCCACGGGAGGUGCUGCAGCCGUUACCCGACGUCGUCGGACGGCGAUUCCAAGGACUACCGUCAAAUAGGCGCCGGGAAAAGCAAACACUUACUCACUCAGAGGUCCCUGGAAACCAUCGCAAUUCCUUCACGGAACUUCAAGUUACUGUACUCUGUUUUAACUCAGAGAGGCUACUACCCUGACCAGCCAGACAAGGAGAACGAAGAUAGCUUCGUGAUCAAGACACAGCUCCAAGGUAAUCCCGACAUUCAUUUCUUCGGCGUGUUCGACGGCCACGGCCAAUUCGGCGCACAAUGCUCCAAUUUCGUGAAGAACAGGUUAGUGGAGAUACUAGCAAAUGACCCAACCCUCUCCGACGACCCUAUAACGGCUUACAAUUCGGCUUUCUCGGCCACCAACUCCGAGCUUCACGACAGUGAGAUCGACGACACGAUGAGUGGCACCACGGCGAUCACAGUACUCAUUGUUGGGGACACGUUAUACGUAGCGAAUGUGGGCGAUUCGAGGGCGGUGAUGGCUGUCAAGAGGAGAAAUAGGAUUGUUGCAGAGGAUUUGUCUAGUGAUCAGACGCCGUUUAGAAAAGACGAGUACGAGAGGGUGAAGAAAUGUGGGGCGAGAGUGUUGAGUGUGGAUCAAGUGGAAGGCCUUAAGGAUCCCAAUGUGCAGUCGUGGGGGGAUGAAGAGAGCGAUGGUGGCGAUCCUCCAAGGUUGUGGGUGCAGGAUGGGAUGUAUCCUGGUACUGCGUUUACUAGGAGUGUUGGGGAUAGUACUGCUGAGAAGAUUGGGGUUAUUGCUGAACCCGAGGUGUCUGUGGUUCAGCUUACGCAUGAUCAUGUGUUCUUCGUUGUGGCCAGUGACGGUGUGUUUGAGUUUCUUUCCAGCCAAGUUGUCGUUGAUAUGGCUGCAAGAUAUGGAGAUCCUCGGGAUGCAUGUUCUGCAAUUGCGGGAGAAUCAUACAAACUUUGGCUGGAAAAUGAGAAUCGUACGGAUGAUAUUACCAUCUUAAUUGUCCAUAUUAAAGACUUGAUUAACUCAGGAAUGGAUGGAACAGCUGUGGCCAAUAAAAGUGUAGCGAGUCCAAGGCAAGUCAAGGGAUCUGCAGAUGUUUCAAUGCAUACAGAGUCAGAAAUGUACCAAUCGAUAAGAACUGAUGUCUCGGACACGCAAGGUCCGGCUAACCGAAGCCAAGUUGUUGUUCCAGAUCAACAUCGGCGACCCUUUGAACUGGAUGGAGGUUAGCAGUCUUAUGUGAAGAGUAUACGACCUCGAAAGGGCUCUUGUUGUUAUCUGUAUGGUGCUAGAUUAGUCCCUCAGAGGAUUCCCAUAUUCCAGGAUCUCUUCCUCACUAAUGCUGACAACAUACUGCUACUAAGUGCUAACCACAGCAGCAUUUGGAUAAUAUGAAGGAGAGAGGGGUAAAUGAUAACCUUGGAGCAGCAGCAAAGCAGCAGCAACUAUGUAAUACAACCCUCUUUGAGUGCUGUGAAAUGAUAAUAUUCGAAUGACGAUGUUCAACAGUAGGCAUCUUGUUUCAAAGCUCAACUUGUGAAAAUGUCAUCCCUGGUUAGAAUUCAGUGUAAUUCACAUGUGAUCCAAUGUUGUAUCGUGCAACUCUUGCAGUAUAACGCCCCAUUUUGAUUGAUCCAUGAUGCUGGAAAAAUUUGCAUAACAACUCUAGAAUAAUGCCUUCUCGUCUGUUUCAAUAAUUGAUUCAGUGAUUUCUUGUUUCCGAUUCGAUUUAACUGAUUGAAUCCCACCACUUGGGUCUGUAUAAAGAAGAUGUUUGUAG